CGCGAGAUCACGUUGUCUCCACCUUCUUCUUGCCUAUCAUGGCAGCCCUGUGUGAGGGAUACACGUUGUGCGGAUUAACCCCCGAUCAAAAUAACUCUACUUCUGGUAUUGAUGGAAUCGAAGAGGAGCGAGACAGCGACCAUGUGAUUGUUACGGACUCCAACCGAACGGUGACUCUGUACAAGGUGUCAGACCAGAAACCGCUGGGCAGCUGGACAGUAAAACAAGGACAAACUCUGACCUGCUCAGCCGUUUUCAACUCACAAGCCAACGAAUAUGUAGCUGUGUCUGACAACAAGGUAAUUAGGAUUUGGAAGGAAGGAGACGUCUUAUUAGACAAGACCUUUAAAGCUACCGUGAAGGCAGAUAUUUGGAAGGUGCACUGUGCUGGCGGUGAGCAGCCCGUCGUCCUGUUUCGGAGAGGAGCCGUCAGGCAGUUGGAGCAUCUGCUCAGUGAUCCCCAGCAGCCAAUAGAGGAUGUCUUGGCUGAAGAUGAAGCAGUCAGGUGGAGCGCCGCCAUCGCUGUGCAGACACAGCAGUUUGUCCUCUUCACCACUGAACUGGGGGGAGAGAACUUCUUCUACCUGCAGAGGCUGAACCCCCAUUCCCUCCAAAAGUACCACCUGGAGAGAGAGGAGGCCGGCCUUCUCCCGCUCAGCGUCUCCGCCUCCUACAAAGACGACCACAUCAGUCUGCUUUGUUUAUACCCCAACGGCUUUGUGUACCGAAGCCUUGUCUCUGUGCGGAGCCCGGUGCUCGAUGAGGGGCCCCGGGCUCUCCCACUGCCACGGAACCGAGUGAUGAGUCUUCCCGUCGGCGAGGGUCGGCUGAAAGCGGCAUCCGCCCUUUUCCUGGACGAUUCCCACAUUGCUGCCGUGGGGGCGCACCACCCUUCUGCUGGAGCCGACUUUCUCUGCAUCUGGAAUAUCAAUUUUCAGACCCUUCAAGCUGGAAAAGAAAUGGGGGGUAAAAUUUACGGACAGCUGUGGAACUAUUCAAACAAGUUCUUCAUUCCACACGGGAAAAGGCUCUCGGUUAUCCCAUUCACAUGCCACAAAUCCUCUCUCGCCUCUGCUCUGGGAAAACUAAGGCAAGCCAGGCCUGAAGAGUCCAAAUGUCCGACUUAUGUGCCGUCUUGGAAUAAAAUCCUCCAUGAAGAGAAAGCUCCGCUCUCUAAAACGGGGGAGACCAGGAAGACGAGAUCAACUCGUAAAACGCAGGCAUCCCUUUCCCUAACCGCUGAGCAAGUGCUAGAACUCGUCAAGACGGCGCCAGCUGAGGAGGUCCAGAAGGAGGUGGCGGAACUCCUGUCCAGGCAGGACAUCCAGGAUCUCCAGCUGGGAAAGCUCGCGUCCAUCCUGGUGUGCCGGAGCCAAGCCGACCCACAUUUCUACGCACACAGCUCGUUUGUGCAUCUGGUGCACAGCCAGUUCCUCUGCCACAGUGUGUGUCCAGAUCUUCUGCCCCUGGCCCUGGAGAGGAAAGAUUACUUCUUGUGUCAAAUGUGCUUGCUGCUUUUCCCCGACAUCCCAGAAGUGCUCACCUGCACCUGCCUCAAAGCAUUCAUCUGUUUACCCGAUGUAGAUGCAGAGAAGAUGUGUUUGGAGCCAGAAAGCGUCUCUCUCAUGGAGACUUUGAUAACAAGCCAGCAUUGCCAGGGUGACCUGCAAAAUGGUUUUAGCCCACCCUCCAGGGUAGAGGCCCAUUCAGACACCGCCAACGACCAACAGACGAGAGAAGGCAGCGAGAAAGCCACAAGUCGACUGGUUUGUCCAGUCGGAUCCCACAAGGCAGCUCUGUUGAAUGGGAUCCUGCAGACGGCAUACAGUGACACUUUCCUCCUCCCCCAUCUGAAGGAUCUCAACUCCCAACACGUCCUUCUCUUCCUUCGGUACCUACAGUUCCUCUACCUGCGUUAUUCCCAAGAUACUUUUCCACAGGCGCACAGCGAAAGGGCACCAAGUCUUCAUCAGAUCCUGGACUGGAUUUGCAUGAUGCUGGAUGCACAUUUUACAGUGCUGGUGAUGACUCCAGAAGCCAAAGGCUUUCUGCUGAACCUCCACGGUUUUGUUCAGUCUCAGGUGAAGCUGUUUUCUGAACUCGGAAAGAUUGAGGGCAGUCUUCAGGAGCUACAAAAAAUGAAGAGGAAGCAAGACGUCGGACAAUACUCAAUCGAGAUCAUUGAGAUAUUUUAGAAAUGAUGCAAAGAAAUGUUUUAACGAACUCCAGUGUUUGACAUUAAAUGGAUUCAAGGCUGUAGCUGUCUGGACGGGCCUAUUGGCACAGCUGUUGGCCAUUUGACUCACUAUAUGACAAAAAAACUUUGGGAAUUGUAUUGGUGUCCGAGGAAGAUUUCGCAGACCUGUAAAAAGUGGCCUUCGGUUAAAUAUUGUUUGAAUGUUUAGUUCACACUUAACUCACAGGCUGUCAAAGUGAGAGUGAAGAGAAUUGUAAAAUUCUGACCACAAAUCUGUUUUUAAGCGUCGAAACCACUUGUAAAUCUGCUAGUUGACUUUUUAUUGUAAAUUAUGUUUUAGAUAAAAAAAAAGUAGUGAGAUAAAAUUUCA